CCAAUAUGUCUCGAUCAAACGUUACAUUGUUGUGGUUACUAUUGUGGGUUUCGUUAAGAUUCUUUGGUUAACAAAAGACUGGUAUAAUAACAACGUUGUCGCCGGCUGAUCAGAAAGUGACGCCGUAGUUCUUGUGCAGUAGAAGCAAUGACAAUUGGUGAUACAGUACGUAAGAGUUUUGGAGUGUUUCCACUGGUUUCUGUUUGAACAUAUUUGUUUUCGAUCAAUUGUAGUGUUUGAUACUUUUGUGUGUUAUGUGUAUUCGAUUUCAAUACACAAAGAGAUUAUAUAAGGAAGAAACAUACACAACAUAAUCUACUGCGCCAGAAAGUGGAUACACCGUUAUUGCUAUGAGUUCGAUCGGAGAUAACUCUCCGCUUUGGGGUAGCACCCAAUAUAUCUAUCCUAAGUCCAGUGCACCGUGGCCAAGCAGCCCAGAUCAUUCACCACAAUGCUCGUACAGCCCGUAUCUGAGUCGGGAAGGAAGUGAAUAUACCGAACUGAAACCGGACAUAUCCAUCGAAAUCGUCGAAGCAGAUUCCACCAUCGGUGAAAAUGCAACGGCCUAUCACGAGGUUUAUCAACAGCAGCCUCUGCAUGGUGGCAUGCUUCCGGGUUACAUGCCACCAACAUUCAUGACACAGUCCUCGUUUCCGAAUGGCAACAAUUAUCUGCUACCGCCGGAAAAUGGAUCAUUUAUGUUCCACAACCGCCAGCUGUCUCCAGAUGGCGGAUAUUCGUCACCCAGCAGCAUCGGAUCCGAGUACUACGCGGCGUAUCACGCGCAAUCGCAGGCAUAUACUGCUUCCCUGCAACCGUAUUACCACAACGUAGUUCCACCAAGUGAACCGGUGGCCAUUAAAUAUGAAAUCCUAGAAGUUCCCGUCAAAGAAGAAUCAUUGGGAUCAUCAUAUAAACCCGAAGAGCCGUCGUAUUUGCAACAUCUCGAAACAUUCGACGCACAAAAAGUUCAUUCUAAAAAAGCAAUCAUUCACGAGAACAUUAUAAUCAGACCAGCAUCGAAGUCAAUCGACCACGAGAGUGAUUCGGUCCAAGCGGUCGAUAAAGUCGAACACUCGAUCUACCCAUACGAACAAGUGACCGAACCGAUUCAGUUCCACAUUCAACCAGCAAGUCCUCUGCAAAUCGAACAGCAAGUGCCGCAAUCGGUGGACCAACCGAAACAACAUCAACGAAAUCCCCGGAAACGUCCUCGGGAAACAUCCAACGCAGAAAAGUCAUCGAUAAUCCCGACUACCGUAGCGGCCGUUCCUCGAACACCUGUCCCGAUUGACGCCAGCAAACGUCGUUCCGCUCGACCUAGCAUGGUCCGAGCCAGCCCGUAUUCAUGUGAAGACUGUGGUAACUAUUUUGCCCGACAGUGUGGUCUCACUCAGCACCGGAAGUGGAUCCACUCGGAGAAUCGUCUGAUCCCGUGUGAGAAGUGCGGCAAAAAGUUUCUCUCGGAGGACGAACUGGCCAAGCACAUGUUGCGCCAUGAACAGGAGGAUAAACCGUACAAGUGUUCCCGGUGCACCAAGCAGUUCUGCCACAAAAACGAUCUGCGGCGGCACAUGUACCGCCAUGACAACACUGCUCCGUUUUCGUGUAAUGAGUGCCAAAAAAGUUUCAUCCGGAAGGAUCAUUUGGUGGCGCAUCUGCUAGCUCACGAGCGUCGCGAGAAGCGGGCUCAAUCACGAAGUGUUGUGUAUUGAGGAUUUACUUGAAGAGUUGUGUUUCGAAUAAAAAUUUAUGGUUUUUGUGCAAUUGAAUAGCAGCUAAUUUUUAGGGAAAUAGGACAAACAGAAACAACAGGUGAAUGCGAAGAAGCUAACAAUUGAAAAGUUCAUAGUUCAAUAGAAUGUAUCAUUCGAACAUCGGUAUUGAAUGGAAUAAAUUACGUUAACGAUUCACUUAUUUAAAUAAAUAAGUUAGAAACCCGCAAUCUGCUUGAAAUAGUUCAGUAAAUCGAAGAUGACAAUAUUUCACGUCAUAUGAAAUGAUACAGUUUAUAUUAUUUAAAAUUCGAAUCAAGCAUAAUUGGUUGUGAUAAAGAAAAACUGCUUAAAACUUAAUGGUUAUUAAAAUCUAGUAUAUUUGUAUAAAUGGGUAUACAAUUUCCAAGUGCAAUACGGAAUCGUAACAUUUCAAUGUUUGAUUUUAAACUAAAAAUAGAGAUAAGAAUACAGCAUCCAAAAGUGGAGUUUUAAAAAUUUGUAGACAAGAAAAUAAAGUAUAUCCUAACACAAA